AUGGACGCCCCAUGGCCAAACCAACAACGUGAUGGCGUCUGCUUCCGCUGCUAUGCCUGCAGCCAGAUUUACUGUUGCCGUGGUCCGGCUCAUGCAUGGAAGCCUUACACCAAAGUCGAUGAUGAAGACGUAUGUAAGCUUUACUGCAUUGCCGAGGACUACGACUUUUUCUUCGCCAUGUCCGGCAAAGUCAAAGAUGGUACCGCCUGUUCGGAGCACAAAGGAGAUGUGUGCAUUGAUGGAGCUUGUGAGGCCGUUGGCUGCGACCAGAUGUUGGGUUCCAAGGCCUCGCUGGAUGCUUGUGGGGUGUGUAAAGGUGACAACUCUUCGUGCAAGUUCUUCAAGGGCCAAUACACGCUGCAGCACAGAGCUAACGAGUACUACUCCAUGGUCACGGUCCCAGCUGGCUCUCGCAGCAUCCGCAUCCAGGAGAAGGAAGUGUCCACUAGUUAUCUGGCAGCUCGCUCACUGAAGAGGAAGUACUACCUGACCGGAGACUGGACGGUGGACUGGCCCGGGAAGUUCCACUUUGCCGGGGCGGUGUUCGACUACCAGCGCUCUUUCAACAAGCCGGAGAGCCUGUACGCUGCUGGUCCGACUAAUGAGACGCUGGUGUUUGAAGUAAGCCGCGAGUCUGUGGAGUGCUCUGUACUGUCCACUAACGACAAUCCACUGUGA